CCCAGAAAGCUCACCAAUUCCUGGGGUGACAGUUUUCCUUUCCAGAUUGCCUGACUUUGUGGCUUCUGCAUCCUCCUGGUUGCUUUCCAUGGCUGACAAGGAGCUGGUUGUUGUUUUUGGUGCAACAGGGGCCCAGGGAGGCUCCGUGGCCAAGGCCCUCCUGGAAGAUGGGACCUUCAGGGUCCGCGUGGUGACACGAGACCCAAGGAAGAAGCGAGCCAAGGAGCUGCAGCGGCAAGGAGCCCAAGUGGUCCGGGGAGAUCAGGACGAUGAGCGGACCAUGGAGCAGGCGCUCGCGGGGGCCCACGCGGCCUUCGUCGUUACCAACUACUGGGAGAAUCUCAGUCAAGAGCAGGAGAUCAAGCAGGGCAAACUUCUGGCCGACCUGUCCAAACGCUUAGGCUUACGCUACGUGGUGUACAGCGGCUUAGAGAACGUGAAAAAGCUGACGGGCGGCAAGUUGGAGGUGGGGCACUUUGAUGGUAAAGGAGAAGUGGAGGAAUACUUCCGGGGCUUGGGUGUCCCCAUGACCAGUGUCCGGCUGCCCUGCUACUUCGAGAACCUUCUCAACUACUUUCUUCCCAAGAAAGCGUCAGACGGAAGCGGCUACUUACUGAACUUGCCCCUGGCUGACAUCCCCAUGGACGGGAUGGGCAUAAAUGACCUCGGGCUGGUGGUCCUUAGCCUGCUGAAGUCCCCGCAAGAGUACGUGGGCCAGGACAUCGGGCUGAGUACCUGCAAACACACGGUUGAGGAGUACGCCUCCCUCCUCUCCAAACACACUGGCAAGACUGUCCGGGAUGCCAAGAUGACUCCCGAAGAGUAUGAGAGUCUUGGCUUUCCCGGGGCGAAGGAACUGGCCAACAUGUUCCGCUUUUACGCCCUGAAGCCCGACCGCAACGUGGAGCUGACUCUGAAACUCAACCCCAAGGCUAAGACUCUCGACCAGUGGCUGGAACAGAACAAAGAGGCCUUUGCUAACCUGUGAAUGUCCCAUUCCACAUGGAUAUAGGCGGCCACUUCGGCAAUCCCAUAGGCUGUUUGCCCUUUUUAAUUUUUUUUUUAAUAAAGUGAUUGUACUACAAGGGAUUUGGGAAAAUAAAAAGAUUCAGUGUC